GGCUCCAAGUCCUUCACCUUAUCCAAACUCGUUUUUUUUUUCCUAAAAGAGUUAUUACUAAUAAAGUUGCGGAUUUGUUAUACAAGUAGUCAUCUAAACCCUAGUGGUUAGAUAAUUGGUAAAGCUAGAAAGAAGGAAUUAUUAAGAAGGGAAAUGCAAUGAAGGUAACCCUAAUAAUAUUGGCAUGCAAUAAAUUAGGAGAAAAGAAAGAAUGGGAAUGGGGUAUUGUCCAUGCUUCCGUAGGAAGAGAAAGGGGAUCAUGUUGAAAAGCAAGAGAAACAACAGUUACAGUGAAGCCCGGACCUCUACUCCCCCUCCCAUCAACUCUCAUAUUGCACCAUUAGAUAAUGCGGUCAAAUAUAGCACAGUGCUAGAGCCCAGACAGCAAGUACUGAUAUCAAAAGAUGGUUCACCUCCGAGAAGCAACCUUCCAACUUUCUCUUACCGAGAUCUUGCAACAGCGACAAACAAUUUCAGGAGAGAAUCCAUUAUUGGGGAAGGUGGCUUUGGACCAGUAUACAAAGGGCAACUUGAAACUAGUCAGAUUGUGGCCGUUAAGAAGCUAAAUCAUUCAGGUCUUCAAGGAGAUAAGGAGUUCUUUGUGGAGGUUCAAAUGCUCUCAUUGCUGCGGCACCCUAACCUGGUUAAUCUAAUUGGUUACUGCAGUGAAGGAGAGCAGCGUCUUCUUAUCUAUGAAUUCAUGCCUCUAGGAUCCUUGGAAUAUCAUCUCCAUGAUAUGACUCCAGACAUGGAGCCAUUGGGUUGGGAUACCAGGAUGGUAAUAGCAUCUGGUGCUGCCAAAGGCCUGGAUUACCUUCACAACCAAGCGGAUCGUCCUGUUAUCUACAGGGACCUUAAGUCGGCAAACAUAUUAUUAGGUGAGGGUUUCCAUGCUAGACUUUCUGACUUUGGUCUUGCGAAGUUUGGUCCAACUGCAGAUGAUACACAUGUUUCCACACGUGUUAUGGGCACUCAUGGGUAUUGCGCACCUGAGUAUGCUGGAACAGGAAAAUUGACUAUGAAAUCAGACAUCUAUAGUUUUGGUGUGCUCUUGCUGGAGCUAAUUACUGGAUGUAGAGUGAUGGAUGACUCUCGCGAACACGGAAAGGAAAUGCUUCUUGACUGGGCUCGUCCUAUGUUGAAAGAUCGCAUGAACUAUGUAAAAUUAGCGGAUCCUAUGUUAAGAGGCAAAUUUCCACAAUCUAUUUUCCGCAGGGUAGUAGAGCUGGUCUUAAUGUGCGUUCAGGAUGAUCCCCAGGCUCGACCUCACACGAAAGACAUUGUGCUUGCUUUGAGUUACUUUGCAUCCCAAAAGCAUGACUCACAUGCAACUCAGUCUAAUCAGAUUGUAUCUCAGGGAGAUGGGAGGAUAUCCCCAGUAGAAGAACUAACAAUUGGGAGCCCUACUGAUUUUAAUGGAGCUGGGAUCGAUGUAAAGGAAAUGAGCAGGGAUCAAGAGCGGAAGCGAGCUGUUGCUGAGGCCAAGAAUUGGGGCGAGACCUGGAGAGAGAAAGGGAAACAGAAUUAGGAAGAUGGUUUUGAUUAUAAAUCAUCAAGGUGGUGAUUGCAAGUUAGUUUCCUUGACAGAGAACUUGGGGUUUCUAUGUUGAUUGGUAUUCUGAGAUUACCAUGAACUCUAGAGCAGCAGGCUGUCAAUCUAGUUCGAAUUUUUAUUAGCUGUCAAAAUAUGAACAAAGUUCACAAACGAAAAAAAAUCAAGGAACGCAUAUAGAUAAAAAAAUAUUUUCACCUAUCUACCUAGCGUGAGAUUGCAGGCGAAAGCUGCACCCCUUGGAUACAUGUGGCGGAAUAAAAAAAGUUUGACCCUGAUUAAUGAUUUGGCAGUAUUGAUGUAUUUGUUAGCUUCCUUAUGCUUGAUUUAAUAAUUUCACUCUCACAAAAAUCAAGUAGAUAUGGUUUGACGACACACCAGUAUAUGACAUUUAUCACUAUGAAUUACCAAUUAUGUUUCGUUUCUGGUUGUCGUGUGAAUCUUAUUACUAACCAAAUGUACAAGAUGUCUGUUUGAAGAUUAUGCUGCGUUAAAUAAAGCUGACCGCAUGGAACAAGGAUUCAAGACAAGACCAACUCUUUGGGUCGUUUGUUAAGAGACAAGUUAUCUUAGAUUAGUAAUAUGAAAAUUGUAUCGUAGAGAUUGAUGGAUGUAAGUAUGGAUUUAGUCAUGCAAGAAUUGUGAUACAAGAAUGACUUUACAUGUAU